AUGUCGGAAAAUCGAAAGCGGAGCUCAUCCGCCAGAGACGGCGAAGAGCAACCCAAGGGCAGCGUAUCCUCCGGCAAAGGCGACAGAGAAGGUCAGGUCCAGCCAUCGGCCUCUGUUUCAAUAGAAGUGAAUAUAGGGAAUGAUUACAAUGACGGCAAUCGGCGCGAUGAAGAGACGAACCGGCGGGAUGGAAGAAGCUCUCCCUCGCAAGAUCGUCCCAACGAGAAGCAGUACAGUCCUCUAAAUUAUUCCCCAGCGAAUGGGCAACACUGCAGGAUCAGAGUCGGCGAAGUCACUCACCGCGCUCAUCGGACGCACAAAACAAGUCUACUUAUGUGGCAGCGAGUCAUGCCCCUCGGGGCACAUGUCCUGGUGGUGGUCAUUGCAAUGGAACAGGCGGUGCCGAUGGAUGCCACGGCUGUCCAGCAUACAAUAACCGAGUCGCAAAACAGGCCCAGAUGCAUAUGCCUCACGUACACGGAGGAACACCUCAGCACGAGAGCCUUCGCAGUGAGGAUGUCUACAGCUGGCAUACGCCUCAGGAAGGAAAUAGCCCAAGGCCAUCAAUUUCAGAACCUGCGGUCGUUGGCCAUGGAACUACAAGCAUGGUCUUAUCUUGCCAAAACUGUGGGACUACAAUCACACCACUGUGGCGGCGCGAUGAAGGAGGUCGAACAAUUUGCAAUGCGUGUGAGGUCCAGGGACCUCGGGGUCGAUUUUACCGGCUAUCAACUCCAGAAAGGUGUGGAAAAGGCCUCUCCAAGCCUCCCUCAAAAGUCACAACAGCAAUUACCUCCAGUAUCAAGUCUGGACCCCGAGCCAUGGACACGCACUGCAGAAAGCGAGGUAGGUUCUCGUCUCUCCCCCAUGACAAUAUCUCGCAAACGGUCGCACUCGAAUACGGAGCAGUCAUCUCCUUCUACGCUUGCUGGGUCCACUCUCGCAGGAUCAAUGGAUGAUCCCAACAGGCCACGCCUCUCCUCGAUAUCACAAAUCCUUAAUACGCCUCAGCACGUCAGUGCUGUUGAGGAUUAUGCGAUAGAUCCGCACCUCUCACACUUACCACCACAUCUUCAACAACAUAGACAUCCGACACUUAUCCCACCACCGUCACAGCAACCAGCGAAUGGCUCUCAAAAUCAGGCACAGCUUCAAAGACACGAUUCAUCGAGUCAAGGCUUCGGUAGUCCGACGCGAGGGCCAGAUUAUGCAGAUAAGAUGGCACGUUUGAAAAGAGAAGCUGAUCAGAUGAGAGAACUUCUGAUUAGUAAAGAAAAGGAAAUACAAGAGCUGGAAAGAGGGAGGGAGCUGCAAGGUUGA